AUGGGGAGUCGACAUGGCGCCGACCGAGACAACCUGGUGGUCAUGACCGAGCUGGCAAAGCGCCUCGUGGCGGUGUCGCCAGGCGAGACCAAGCAAGUCUCGACCGUUUACUAUGGCGGGAGCCAAGAAGUCACCGUGCGCAAUGGCCACAUCAAGCGUCUCACAGAUUCCGACAUCCAGUCGAGCGUCCUGGAGAUCAUGGGCACGAACGUGAGCACGACUUACAUCACCUGCCCGGCGGAUCCCUCGAAGACUCUGGGCAUCAAGCUCCCCUUCCUGGUGAUGAUCAUCAAGAACCUGAAGAAGUACUUUACCUUUGAGGUCACGGUGCUGGAUGACAAGGAAGUCCGCAGACGCUUCCGCGCCUCGAACUACCAGAGCACAACCAGGGUGAAGCCCUUCAUCUGUACCAUGCCCAUGCGCCUGGAUGAAGGCUGGAACCAGAUCCAGUUCAACCUUUCGGAUUUCACCCGGCGAGCAUACGGCACCAACUACAUUGAGACCCUUCGGGUGCAGCUCCAUGCGAAUUGCCGCAUUCGCCGAAUCUAUUUCAGCGACCGCCUCUACAGUGAGGAGGAGCUCCCUCCUGAGUUCAAGCUCUUCCUCCCUGUGGCACAGAAGGCACAACAGGCUCAGGCAGCUCCCCCUGCGCCAGCUCAGUGA